AUGCGCGGCGGGAUGGAGAUGAGGACAGGGGCCGCCGACGGCAGUGCAGUGGUGAUGCAGAUGCGCAUGUGCAUCGACGAAGCAAAGCGUUCAAGCGACUGCGGCGACCGCGAGGCAAAGAUUCAAGCACUGCAGCCUACGCCUAUGGGCACUCUCGAUAAACUCGUCGGCCUCGCCAUGCUCGUGGUGGCCACUGUCGUCUUCCUCUACUACACCAUCUGGACCUUGCUUAUGCCCUUCGUUGACUCGGACCACCCGCUCCAAAAUUUCUUCCCUCCGCGCGUCUGGGCUAUUCGCAUCCCUGUCAUCCUCAUUCUGCUCGGUUCCGCCGUUGUCGGCUCCUUCCUCAGUGUCGUCAUGAUCCGCAGCAAUAGAAAGAAGGCCGCCAAGGCCGCAGCAGCGGCUGCGGCGGCCGGGUCUACAGCGAGCAAGAAGAAGCAGUGA